UCUGUGGCGUUCAGGAGGACUGUCGCGCCUUACGACGCGAACUCUGUGGUGCGCGGGAGGACUGCCGCGCUUUACGGCUCGCGCGACAGUUCCCGGUCGCGGCUGGCUUGGUCCCUCGAGAUGGCGUCGGGCAGCGGGACGAAGAACCUGGACUUCCGCCGGAAGUGGGACAAGGAUGAGUAUGAGAAGCUCGCAGAGAAGCGGCUCACAGAAGAGAGGGAGAAGAAAGAUGGCAAACCAGCUCAGCCCGUCAAGCGGGAGCUCCUGCGGCACCGUGACUACAAAGUGGACCUGGAGUCGAAGCUGGGGAAGACCAUCGUCAUCACCAAAACAACCCCACAGUCAGAGAUGGGAGGGUACUACUGCAACGUGUGCGACUGUGUGGUGAAAGACUCCAUCAACUUCUUGGAUCACAUCAACGGCAAAAAACACCAGAGAAAUCUGGGCAUGUCCAUGCGGGUGGAGCGUUCCACACUGGACCAGGUGAAGAAACGUUUUGAGGUGAACAAGAAGAAGAUGGAGGAGAAGCAGAAGGACUAUGACUUUGAGGAGAGGAUGAAGGAGCUCCGCGAGGAGGAGGAGAAGGCCAAAGCCUAUAAGAAGGAGAAGCAGAGAGAGAAGAAAAGGCGGGCGGAGGAGGAUCUGACGUUUGAAGAGGAUGAUGAGAUGGCAGCUGUGAUGGGUUUCUCUGGUUUCGGCUCAACCAAAAAGAACCACUGAGCAGCUCUGAACUCUCCCCUUUCCUAAACAGGUUGUUUUUACCCAGGGGACUCUGGAUAACUCUCAAAAAGACUUGAUUGAGGACUCAUCUGUAAAUCUCCCCCUGUAGAAGUUGGCUGGAGGAGUCAAAAAGUGAUUCCAUGCUCUACCUGUGCUGCAGAACAAGCUCCGCCUGUCUUUAGCUUUCCACCUCCUCCCAUGUCCUAGAUCUGGCUGCUCAUCACUGCUCCGCGGCCCCGUGUGUGCGAGGAAGUGUUCUGCUGGGUAUGUUUCUAUGUCCAUAAAGUGCAGCAGUUCCGUACAGCUGGCCUGGUUCAGGAUUGAUCUCCCUGUCCACCAGGCAUCGUUAUUCCAAGCCCUACUUGUUCCGGUUGUCAGCCGGCUGUCUGAGGCGCAGGGAGUGAUUUGGGUUCAGUUUGGAUCGCAGAACCGAAGGGAAUGUGCUGCAGCAAGCGGUGCUCAGUGGCACAGCUUGCAUCUUCCUGGCUUGUGCUGCACGGAGCUGGUGGCUGCAUGGAGUCAGGGUAGCUGGAACGUUCCAUGUGUUUUAUCUACAAGGGAUUCUGCCCUGCUUUUCUUUGUGUUUUGUCCCGUAACUUUGCUAUCUUUGAGGCAGGGGAGAAACUCCUGCCAGGGCUGAUCUAAGAUAGAGCGAAUGAAAGGAAGGGGUGUGCGAGUCACCAGAAAUAAAUGGAUCAUUUUAAGGGGUUCUGUGGUGGGAGUUUUAAU